AUGGAUCCACGUUUGCAUAGAAGAUCCGACCCGGAAAAGGAAUCGGGCGAUUUGAUUGUUGAAUGGAUAAAUGAGGCUUCUAUGAGCCUCGCUGAAGACAUUAAGGUUGCCAAUAUUUGUAAGAUACAAGAGUUUUUAUUGAAUAAAGAACCACAUUUACUAGAACUUUAUUUGGAUGAUGUUCUUCAAUUUGCAAUAAAUAGAAGUGCCGAAGUCAGGAAAACUAUUACAGGAUUCAUCGAAGAAGCUGGCAUAAAACAACCAGAGGUAAUCCCUCGUGUAGUUCAGAUACUUCUUACGUUAGCAUCAGAUGAAACAUCGGCUGUGGCUAAACGUGCGCUUAGAGCCAGUGGUAGAAUUCUUAGAGCUGCUCUUAAAUGGAUUGCUAGUGCUACUAUUGUUACGCCAGAGAUGGAAUUGGCAUGGACUCAAUUAAGUGCUCUCAAAGUUCAAAUCAUAAAUAUGAUUGACAGUGAUAAUGAUGGAAUAAGAACACAAGCUGUGAAGUUUCUUGAGGGUGUAAUCCUAAUACAGACAUAUCCAGAUCCCGAUUGCCCAAAGAAACCUGAUGACUUUUCUCUCGAAGAUAUUCCUCUAACAUUAAAAAUAGCUCGUAGGCGGAAAUUAGAAGAAGAAGCAAAUCAUGUUAUGGAUUUAUUAAUUAAAUUUCAUGGAUCUCCACAUGUUAGUAGCGUCAAUUUAAUGACAUGUAUGGGAUCUUUGGCAUUAAUUGCCAAAAUGAGGCCACAAUUUAUGCCAAAUGUAAUUCAAGCUUUACAGAGAUUGCAACAUGAUCUUCCACCAACACUCUCUGAUUCUCAAGUAACUAGUGUGCAAAAACAAUUGAAACUUACACUUCUCGGAUUAAUAAAACAUCCUGCUAGUAUAGAAUAUGCUUCAGCUAUAGCUAAACAAUUAGCUCAACUUGGAGCAAAAGAGCAGGAAAUUAUUAAGGCCUAUCCAAAACCAGAAGAUGUUCGUCGUAUAAAAAAACGUCAACAGGAAGUAGCAGCUGCUAGUGCUGCUAAGCGAGCAAAGAUUGAUAUAGCUCUAAUAUCCGAGGAUGUAGAAGCGACGUCAAGUCUUCUUCCUACUUUUAAAUUACCAGAAUUAAUUGAACUUUCUGAAAGUUUUAUUGCCGAAAGGCUCAGUGUAGAAAUUGCAACAGAUUUAGUAAUGGAUAGUAUGGCAUGGGUACCAGAUACUAUGACAACAAUUUUCCAAAGAGAAUAUCAACCUACUGCGACUACUGAUAUUAAUAUACAACGCCAAACAAUUGCUAAACUUUUAGCAGCGCAAAUCAAACAAACUAAAGCGAAAAAGCACAAAAAAGAUACAAAAGAGGAAGAUGCUGUAAUGGAAGAUUUAAUUAAGAAUCCUACCAUUAGCGUAGCUGAGGCAAAGCGUGAGCGUAAACGCGAAAAAGAUCGCGAGAAAGAAAAAGAAGCAAAAGCAUCAUUGGAAGCUCAUGAAAAAUCCCUUGCAAAAGCUAGAAAUCGUUUAAAGGCAUUAAAAUUAACUGAAGUGACAAAGCCACUUUCAAAGGAAACUAAAGAGCGAAUGUUACUCAUGGCAGUCAAUCGAAUAUUACUUUCGGAAAAGACUGCAGUUCUCGGUGGUGUAGCCGCUAUAAGAUCUAAAAUUUUGACUACUCUGGCAGCUACUUUUAAUCCUUAUAUUAAGGAAGCUAUAAGGCGAUAUAUUAUCGAUGAUAUGCGAAACCGAUUGGACUUAGCAUUAGGUUGGCUAUAUGAAGAGUAUGCACUGUUUCAGGGAUUUCAAAGACGGACUACAUUAUGUACAAAACCACAAGAAGCUCCACAUCAAGCAUAUAAUUUUUUACUAUGCACCUUAGUAUCAGCUAUCGAUUCAGUACAGGGUAAAGACCGCGAUACAUUGUUAUCCAGGUUAUAUUUGGAGGCACCACUAAUAACUGAAGAUGCUGUAGAGGCAUUAAAAAUGGUGUCGUCUGACGAAACUAGAGGUCUUGCACCAUUGCAGCUUCUGAAAGAAAUGGUAGUGCGUAGACCCACGAAACAAUUGAUAUUUUUAAAUGUCUUAUUAUGCCAUACUGGACAUGAGAAUAAUACAAUACGGGAAGCUGCAAUACAAUUAGUCUGUCAGUUGUACAGCAGACCAGAAUUAAGUAAACUGAUUGAGGAAUAUGCAGUUCUAUAUCUAGGCUUUUUACGCCUUCAUAAUCCACCUGAAAUUGUUUUUGGGCCAGAUAGAGGCAGACAACAAAUUGAAAGCCAAUGGACUGAAUCAACUACACGCGCUUGUUUAGGUUUAUAUCUUGCUCUUCUUAGUGAGCAUCAAGAUCUUAUUCAUGAAUUAGCAAGAGUGUAUACAUCAAUGGCUGCAGAUGUGAAACGUAUUGUAUUAAGACUAGUGGAAGGGCCAGUGAGAUCUUUAGGUAUGGGUAGCCCACAACUACUCGCACUUGUCGAGAAUUGUCCGAAAGGAUCUGAAACUUUAGUCACAAGGAUUAUACAUAUUCUUACUGAGAAAUCUGCCCCAAGUACAGAAUUGGUAGCCAGGGUACGAGAAUUAUAUCAAACUAGAGUCUCUGAUGUUAGAUUUUUAAUACCUGUUUUAAAUGGACUUACAAAAAAAGAAGUGAUUGCUGCACUUCCAAAAUUGAUAAAAUUAAAUCCUAUUGUCGUAAAAGAGGUAUUUAAUAGAUUACUUGGAACACAUAACAAUGAUAGCGGUGUACCUCACACAUCGCCUAUUACACCUGCAGAAUUGUUAAUAGCUUUACAUAAUAUAGAUCCAAGUAAGGCUGAAUUAAAAACUGUUAUCAAAGCAACUUCUCUUUGUUUUGCUGAAAAACAAGCAUAUACGCAAGAAACAGUCGCCGUUGUGAUGCAACACCUUAUGGAGAUGACACCUUUGCCAACACUACUGAUGCGCACGGUUAUACAGAGUUUGGCCCUUUAUCCUAGGCUAAGUGGAUUUGUCAUGAAUAUACUUCAGCGUCUGAUUUUGAAACAAGUAUGGAAACAACCAAAAGUAUGGGAGGGUUUUGUCAAAUGCUGCGAACGCACGCAACCGCAAAGUUUUGCCGUUAUUCUGCAGUUACCGCCGGCACAAUUGUUAGAAGCGCUCCGAAUGGCCAGCAAUUUACGCGCUCCUUUGUUAGCCCAUGUUGAGGCUUUUGCUGAGAAUCAGAAAGCACACAUUCCACAAUCGAUAAUGGAUGUCAUACAGGGUAAAAUACCCUGUGACAUGCACGAUGAGUUUGAUAUUACGCAACCUGAUGAUUAUUCGAAUGAUCAAAAACCAGAUACAAUGGAACUUGAUCUUUCGGAACCAGCUCCUCCCGGUUUAGAUUAGCAUAAAAUCAUUCCAGUAUUAGAAUCAGAAGCAUCGUCUACCGUAUAUCCUAAUAACGAAUCCGCACUGUAAUCCUUACAGUAAAUUAUUUUUUAUUUUAUUUUAUUUUUUGCAUUGUUGUAAAUUCCGUGUAUUACAGUUACAUAUUGCAUUGACAAGAUCCCUAUUUAUAGUCUCAUUUGAUAUAGUAC